AUGGGACUAGAAGUACUCAGCAAGGUGUUGCCCACAAGUUCAGAGCCCUCUCUGGUGACAAAUAAUCCAUCCAUCUACCUACCAGUCAGAUAUCAUUUAUGGAAUACUCAACUAGCCUUUUUCCUAAAGGAUGCUAGUCACAGCCCAGAACAUAACAGCAGUAACCCCCAUCUACAUUCCCAACAUUUUGUUGUAUUUCAGACUAAGGAGCAACCUAUUGUUAAUGCUUCUUUUGGACCUUUUACUGCUGAGGCAACCCUUCCUAAGGAACUUCUUCAACCCUCAAGCACCUUGGACAUACCCGACCGGCUCACUGUCAACUGGAAAGUCAGGGCAUUUAUUAUACAUCAAAGGAUUUCCUCUCUCCAGCCCUUGGUUCAGGUACUGUUCUACAUAGCUGGCCGAGACUGGGAUGACUUUGGUGUUCUGGAUGAGCUGCCUUGCAUUCGACUCCAUGCUUUUAGAGAUAUUCGAGAGAUAAAAAGUGCAUGCCGGCUUAGGGGAAGCUUGGCCAUGUGUCUUAUUCAGGUAGAACUUCCACUCGGCUGGUUCAGUUCACCAGCAGCUCCACUGGGAAGGAGAAAAAUACUAGACAACUUAGACGUGAUGACUGAGAACUUUCAGGUUGAACUCUACUACACUUUGCAGCCACCAUCUCCAAAUGGUGAAUGUGUAGAAGACUUUUCAGCACGCAGAGGUGGAGCGUCUGUCAGAGGGGAAGGUCCAACUCAGCAUCCUCUGUUGCGUAUAGGCAGUGUAACACUGUAUCAUCCAUCACCAACACAGCUUAUGCAGGAACAUAGACUUGAUCGCAGUUUGUUCAUUCGUUUGCAAGACAAACCUCUGAAGCCUGGGGAGAUAUUAACUGUCUUUCUGUAUCUGCUGCCAAACUCAUCAGUUGAUGCAUUCACUCUCAGGGUAAAGGCAAAAAAGGGUGUAAAUCUCAUCAAGGCAAAGUCAGAAAAUCCAGACUGGUGGGUGAAGCAUGAAGAUUCAACAGGUGGAAAACAUUCUACAGCUACAAUAGAAGUGAGAAAAGUCCCGAUGUCACCAAUAAGGAAUGAUCUGCCUCCUCUGGAAAUAAUGCAACUAGAGUUUGAAAUGGAAAAUUUCACUAGCCAGUCUGUGACAAGACGCAUCAUGUGGCAUGUUGACUAUCAAGAAAGGCACUUCACACCAGACUCGGAGAAGGUGAUGACAGAACUUACAGUGAUUCAAAGAGACAUUCGGGCCAUUGUACCUCUGUCCAUGGACACAGAGAUAAUAAAUGCAGCUAUACUAACAGGGAAGACUGUUGCUAUUCCAGUGAAGGUCAUUGCCGUUGAACUGUCUGGGGCAACAGUAGAUGUAUCCAGUUUGAUAGAAUGCCGGUCUACUAAUGAGGAUAUCAUCAAGGUCUCUAAGGGCUGUGACUAUGUUUUUGUUAGUGGCAAGGAGUCUCGUGGAUCCGUGAAUGCUCGUGUUGUUUUUAGCUAUGAGAAUCUAAGUGCCCCCCUGGAACUUACAGUCUGGAUUCCCAAACUUCCACUGCACAUUGAGCUGUCUGACAACAGACUGAGCCAAGUAAAAGGAUGGAGAAUCCCAAUACUUCCAGACAGAAGGUCUACGAGAGACAGUGAUGAUGAAGAAGAGGAAGAGGAACGUAGAGUUUCACGAGGCUGUAGCCUACAGUUCCAGCAUGCCACAGUAAAGGUCUUUACCCAAUUCCAUACCACAUCAUCUGAAGGAACAGAUCAGAUGGUCACCAUGCUUGGUCCUGAUUGGUUGGUUGAUGUCACUGACAUGGUUAGUGACUUUGUGAAGGUGGAAGAUACCCGAGUAGCAGAGCUUAAAAGGGGCAACAUUAUUGUUGGAUGGGAGCCAGGAGUAACCACAGUUAAGGUUGACUCACCACUAAUGGAAGCUGUUUUGGGUGAAACUACACUGACUGUCGGUGAUGACAAAGUCACUAUUCUUGAUGCUAAGAUUCAAGUGGUAUCUGGUUUAUCACUGUCACUACAGCCGAGUCCUGGGAGCAGUCACACUUUAAUUGCCAAGGCAGCUGCACAGCAGACACUGUCACUUCUAAAUCAGCAGGCUGUUCUGAGCGUGUGGCUUUACUUCAGUGACAACACUGCAUCAUCACUAACAAUUUAUGACCCAAAGGAUUACAACAUGGCUAUCACCAUCCUCAAUGGCCAGGCAAUAUCAGUAAUGCAAGAUAACUCAUACACUCAUACACCUGCACUUGUAGCUGAAAAGGAAGGUUUUGAUGAUAUCAAAGUGGAGAUGAUGAUAUGUGAGUUAUGUCAGAAAACCAAACGAAAGAGUGUAGUGUUUACAGCACAUACUAGGGUCAGAGUGCACUUUGGCCAAGAAGAAGACUCUACUGAGGAGAGCAUCACUGAGGAUUAUCAAGGUAACAGCAGCCCUGAUGGUGAUACAGACAUUUCUACAGGGCGACGUCAGGAAAAGUCUACCAAGGGUGUUAGCACAACAGCAAAGUCCACCACAGAAGGAAAAGUGAUACUGGGAACUGGUGAGAACAAAGACACUGUGGUUCCCAGUGUUGAGCAUACGACAGAUGAUCUUGGCAAUUUUCCUGCUACAACCAAUACUGAAGAGGAUGGAGACUUUGCUCAAGCCCAUCGAGGUCUCACUGACCUGGAAAUUGGAAUGUAUGCUCUUCUUGGAGUUUUUUGUCUUGCUAUUUUAGUUUUCUUAAUAAAUUGCAUUGUUUUUGUUCUGAAAUAUAGACACAAACGUAUUCCCCCAGAGGGCCAAGCAAACAUGGAACAUUCUCACCACUGGGUAUUCCUUGGCAAUGGGCAACCCCUUCGUACCCAAAAUGAUAUUUCUCCCCAAGUUGAAAGCCCUGGAAAUCCACUUGAGACUGUUCAGUGUUGCCAUGGAGAUCAUCAUAGUAGUGGCAGUUCCCAAACAAGUGUACAAAGCCAAGUUCAUGGUCGAGGAGAUGGCUCUUCAGGAGGUUCUACAAGGGAGCACAGUGAGGAUCCCCUGAACUCUCCUACCUCUAAGCGUAAGCGGGUAAAAUUUACAACAUUUACAACAUUGCCCUCAGAGGAACUUGCUUAUAACUCCAUUCCUAUUGCAGAUGAAGAAGACAUAGAAUGGGUCUGUCAGGACAUGGGACUACAAGACCCAGAUGAGCUUCAUAACUAUAUCCGACGGGUUAAAGAAAUAGCAUGAAGCUAUUUCUUAAUGCUUUAAAUUAAUGGAAGCAUCCUAAAACUGACAUUUUUCUUUUUGUUUUGCACAGGGGCUGCUGCGUAAAUUUGUGACGGCCCAUUGCCUGGCCUUAAAAGCACUAUUAUAAUAUGCUUGUACUGGCAUUGUUCUUUUAUAUAUUCAACACAUUGCUACUGAUGGACUUCAGAAGUUAGACUAUGUAAGCUCAUAAAAGAGUAAGUGGGUAUCUGGAUGGAGGUAGCAGAUAACCACACAACAUCCAGUGGAGACAUUUGGAAAUUUCUGUGUUUGAGUGAUGGAACAAUGACUUCUACAGGCAGUGACUGUGAAUAUGAAUUAAAGUACAAUAGCUACUGUUACAUAAAGAAGUACAACUCAGUCUUCAUGACAGUGAUGGGUUCUAAUCCCACCAUUUUCUGUGUGUUUUGACAUUUGAUUUUUGGUCACACAAAAAUACUCAUAUCCCCCUUUCAUCAUAGUGCAUCCAGGAGAAGUGUUAUAAUGUACUAUUGGUAGAUGUACUGGGGAUUCUGCCAAAGUCCUUACUUGAAUGUCUUUAUGCAUAGUGAGAAAGCAACUAGUAGGAACUAAUAGUCUUACAAGAGUUCUUUAUUGCUAGGCUAAAAUAAAUGGCCUGGAAUUUUGGAGAAACAGUACUCUACUGAAUUAUCACAAAUGGGAUGUUAUUGUUUAAAUUUUUACACAUAUGUCUCUGAACAAACCAUGCAGACAUUCAUCUUGUUCUAAAAGUACAUUUUGUGGUAAAAAUCCAUUUGUCUGAAACACACAUUAGCAUUUCAUGAAAGACUUUACAUUUUUGCAGUAUUUUUUCCUGCAGUCACUGGGUAGGUAUAAAUUUAAACUGCUAGCCAUAUGAUUAAAUUAAAGAUUCCUUGAUAAGAAGUGGACAUUACUAAUGCUAAACUAACUCUAGUCCUUCUUAGCUCAUGGAUCACAACAAACUUGGAGUCUGCUUUCACCUCCUGAUCUGCUGAAGUUUCAGCAAGACUGCUGGGGUCUGAAAGUCAUAAGUACUUAAUGUGAGAGCUGGCAUGACCUUAUUUUAUUCCUUUCACUCAGAGCUUAUCUAAAAUAGUGCUUAUCUUUAUCCCCCUGCGUGUGCCAGGUGCAAAUUAAGUAUAUCCAACUGGCUGUAUUUUUAAAAUAAACUUUAACUAGAAGUGUCUCUAUCUGAAAUCAUUUGGUAUGGUGAACCUUGUGAUGACACAAAGAACACUGUAUCUAUCCCAAAAUUAUUUGCAUGUAAAAAGAGAAGAUUUCUCUUUGAUAUAACUGGUAAGGCAAUAGAUACCUGCCAAGUAGUGUAGGAGCUUUUAUAAAUUAUGUACAUUAUAUGUCAAGCACAUACCAUCAGAUAGUUUUCUUUAUUUUCUGCACAUAAAUGUAGAAACACAUAAGCAAAUGAAGGCUGGACUUUUGUUUAUAUGUAAACUAUAAUAGGUACAGGGUACAGCCCUGAUGACCUUCUGAGAAGAAUAUUAUUUAUUUAUACAGCUGGGAAAUUGUAAAAAGCCUUGAAUGUUUGUCUUCUUGUCAAAUAAAAUGUUAUGUGUGUCCAAUUAAUGCUCCUGUUUACUCUGAUCUGUCUCUCACUUUUCCAAUAAAAAGAAACAUAUAAACUAAA